AUGGCUGAUGAACCUCGACGAUCAGGACGUGCCACCAAGGGCCAGCAUAAAAAUCUCGAAUUAGUUCAAGAUGUCCCUUCGAAGAAGUCUAGAAAGACUCAGCCCAGAGACAGGAACUCGAAACAAUCAGCCGAACCAACUCCAGGCCCGAGUGACGAGGAGGAGGAGGAGGAGGAGGAGGAAUUAAUCCGCUGUAUUUGUGGUGAAUAUGAGGAAGAAGAAGACAUCGAAAGAGAUAUGAUCUGCUGCGACCGCUGCUCAGCAUGGCAACAUAACGACUGCAUGGGCUUAACGUUCGCAAAGGGCAGUGAGCCUGAAGAAUACUAUUGCGAACAAUGUAAGCCUGAGGAUCACAAGGAUCUCUUGGAGAAGAUGGCACGGGGAGAGAAGCCUUGGGAGGAAGCCGCACGACGUCGACAGCAAGAAAUUGAGGAGAAGAAAGCCGCCAAACGGAAAAAAGGAAAGAAGGGCAAAAAGGGUGGUUCAAGGCCAAGUGAUGUAAAAUCCCAAGCGAGUGGGCCUUCGACUCCUGCACCAGCUCAGGCUUCUCCACCCCCAGCAACAGAGGAUCCUGCUGCCAGCGGUACAUUACAAACACCCGCUGAAGACAACAAGUCCCCCGUGCUACCGACGACCCCAGCGACUACAGACUCAAAGCCAAGUAAUACGCAGAAACGCAAGUUCGAAGAACUCAAAGAGCCUUCUACGCCUGAUCUUGGUCCAAAGCAAAAGCAGCAAAGGAUAUCAGAGCCAAAAGCCAAUGAAAAGGCGAGAAAAGCAUCACCCACCCAAUCUCGAAAAACAGGCUCUGUCGAACCAGUCUCACGGAAAGCCUCUAUUGCUGAGAGAUCAGAUAUCGUUGAGAAGCCAGAUGAUAUACAGAGCGAUGCUCGGAAAAAGGCCGCAAGUCAUCUCAUAACCGUUUUUGAGGAUCAGAUCACAGGAGCUCAAAAGGACGGUACCUACGCCUUGCCAGCCGACAGACAAGCUGAAGAUGUCGCGAGAAAUCUCGGUCUCUCCGUUGAGCAUGCCAUGUAUACACAUUUAUGCAACGGAUCUGGAGAACCUAACGAGGCGUACAAAAGCCAGCUGCGCACAAUUGUAUUCAAUGUGAAGAAGAAUCCUGGUUUGCGGGAUCGUUUACUCACGGGUAGUCUCGCACCCACUGCGCUCGCGACCAUGAGAGCUCAAGACAUGGCGAGUGAGGAGCAGCAGCAGAAGGAUGCAGAAAUUAAAAGAGAGGCAGAGAAGCAACAUAUAAUUAUGCAGGAGCAAGGGCCGCGGAUUAGACGAACACACAAGGGUGAGGAGGUCAUCGAGGGUGAUGGCCAGGCUGGCACAUCGGAGUCUAUAUUUUCAUCAACAUCUGUUCACCGUGCUGCUGCCGAAGCUGACAAUACCGCCACUCCCCAAAGUCCAUCUGGUCCAGGACGUACCGUUGCCAACUCCCAGCAGCCACAAGAGCCCGGUGUUGCUGAAAAGAAUCGUAAAGUGCCUACCGAAAAACUGGGCGAGAUGAAUGGGGAUGCCGCUCGUUCUCACUCUCCCGGAGCAACAAAUCAUGAUAAUAUCUUCCCGGAAGUUCCGGCUCACUUACAUCAACCACCACCCACCGGUGAUAAAGUCCAGGCUGAUGAAGAUAUUGAUAAACUUCUCAAGGAUGAAGGCACAGAAUCUCCUCCCUAUUCACCGAAGGAUUUCCAGUCCAGCGAUGUUUGGCGCGGAACAAUAUCUAUGAAUCCUGUUGCCGCGUUCGCAUCUACUGCACGGCAUGUUGCAGGUGCCGACUUGAGUGGCAAUAUUCCAUGGAGUCAGCUGGUGCCCACCACGCUCGUAGUAGAUGGUCGGAUUGCCGUUGAGCCUGCUAGCAAAUAUCUUUGUGGAUUGCGAUUCAGUAACUCAACAGAUGUCUCGGUGAUAGCAAUUGCCCCCCCUAUUCCAGCAAAUGAGCGAUCGGAAUUUGAUAAACUUUUCAAUUAUUUUAUGCACCGCAAUCGCUAUGGGGUCGUUGGGAAACACCCUAUAUCAGCCGUCAAAGAUACAUAUAUUAUUCCAAUCGAGGCGGGUGCGAACAAACAACCCGAAUUUUUACAACUCUUGGAGAACAAUUCUAUUGAAGAUCCUCUGCCUGAUCAAAUGUUCCUGGUAGUAUUUGUUGUCAAAACAAAUGACCACUCAUCUUCAGAGCAACCGACGCCUCACAAUGGCAGUCAGGACAAGGAUCAUCCGAUGGUUGUUGCCAGCCCAUUGAAUUCGACGCCCUUGGUCCAAUAUCAUGAACAAUAUGCCUCUCCUACGCCUGCAACGCGGCAAGGCUCUCAGAUAACACCUCCUCUGCCUAUAACAGGAUCUGAUCCCUCGCUUAGUAUUACUGAGCCUCCCCAUUCGUUCCCUCAACCAGGCCAUAACGCUGCAUACAAUAACCCACAACAGCAGAGCCAAGUUACACCGCCUCCGCAACAAGCACACCCCGUUCCUCCAUUAUUUGGAGCUGCGGCUGCAGCCCAUGUCCUUGGCCCUCAUGCGAAGUCGCCAGCAAUCGAAGAACUAUUGCAGAAGGCUCCUUCAGCGGACGUUGCGCAAUUGAACAUUGUCCGCGAAAUAAUCACCAAGAAUCCUUCUGCUGCCAAUGACUAUCCUUCAUUGAUGAGCGCUAUACAGCAGUAUACAUCAUCCAGCCAAAAUGGUCAGCUAGGGCCUCAACCCUAG